AUGGAAUUGUGGGGCAUAGACAAUCCCCAUUGUGAUUUUGGUUUACAGUUUGAAGAAAAAGGUCAACUUGAUUGCAAUGAUACUACAAGUAUUUGUCGUGUUAUUAAGGGGAAAGGACAUGACCAAGUUGCUUUCAAGCUUGAUGAUCGGUCGGAAAGCUGUGAUUGGCCAGUUUUUGGAUAUGGAAAGCUGACCUUACCAUCAGAUCCUCCAUUAUCAUCAUCUGCAACACAAUUUAUUCCCUUUUAA